AGGUGAGGAUAUAAAAGCACUCCCUCAGAGAGAGCGCAGUUCAGACGAGACAUCGAGGGGGAUCCUGAUUAUUGUCACAGGUUUUCUGAUCCUCAGACAAGGAUCAAGAACUCACCAUCGUCCUGCUCGGAAAAACAGGAGUUUUAAAAAAGUUAAGAAAAAGCUAAGUUUCCAGAAGUAGUUCAAAUGAGUAAAUAUCAACUCAUCACCAAUGAGUGUGACGAUGAAGAAGAAGUCAGUAAUCUGCAGCUGAAGUCUGGCCACCUGAGACCUGAGGAUCAACCUGAUCCACCAGUCAUGGAUCCAGAUCUCACCAUCGUCCUGCUCGGAAAAACAAGAGUUGGUAAAAGUGCUUCAGGAAACACCAUCCUGGGACGAACAGAGUUUCAGUCUAAGCGGUCUUCCAAAUCAGUGACGACAGAAAUCUCUGAACGUACAGGAAGUGUGUUUGGGAAACAGAUCUCAGUGGUCGACACUCCAGGAAUAUUAGACAGCAAGGACACAGAGAAGAAGAUUGAAGACUUCUGUCAGGAUCUCCUGAAGUCCUCCAGGCGCUGUCUGUUUCUGGUGACCCUCAGAGCCGGACACUUCACAAAGGAAGACCAGGAGGCGGUGAAGACAGCAAUGAAAGUCAUCGGGGGCAGAGGGUUGAAGAAGAGUUGCCUCCUCUUCACUGGAGGAGAUACUUUAGAGGGAACGUCUUUGGAGCAUUUCAUCUUUGAAGCUCAGCUUCCGAAAGUUGUUCAGAUGUUUGAUGGGAGGUAUCACCUCUUCAACAAUAAGUCUGACGAUGAAGAAGAAGUCAGAAAUCUGCUGCUGAAGUCUGACGACCUGAGAACUGAGGAUCAACCUGAUUCACCAGCUGGUGUUCCCAAAGAGAAGAGGAUCCUGAUGCUCGGUCUUCCUGGAGCUGGGAAAAGUUCCUCUGGAAACACCAUCCUGAGAUCUGAGAAGUUCAAAUUAGAUGCUGACUUUGAUUCAGUCAGUACAGAGACGACCUCUGCAUCCGCCACAGUGGAGGGCUGUAAGGUCACGGUGGUCGAUACUCCAGGGUUCACUGAUAAACAUCUGACUCCAAAGGAGUUGUACCUGCAGAUCAAGAGGUCUCUGGUAGAGGCGAGUCCAGGAAUACAUGCCUUCGUUAUCGUGGUCAGAUUAGGCAGAAUCACUGAAGCAGACAUCAAGCUGUUUGAGCUCCUUCCUAAACUCUUUAAAGGCGAUGCUCUGAAGUACUCCAUGGUGCUUUUCACUCAUGGAGACGACCUCAAAGGUCAGUCCAUUGAGGGUCUGAUCCAGUCCAACAGACAUGUCUCUAAGCUGGUCCGCAUGUGUGGAGGUAGAUACUGUGUGUUUGACAACAGAACCAAGAGAAGCAGAGAGCAGGUCAGAACCUUCCUGUCUAAGAUAGAUGAUAUGGUCUCAGCUAACGGAGGACAGCACUACACAGACCAGAUGUUCAGGAUGGCUGAGACCUUCCUUAGAGAAGAAAGGAACCUGGUGCAGUCAGGUGCUUCAGGUGGUGGUGACAUAAAAGAAAGCGUAUGGAAGAAACUGAUCCAUUACAUACAGAAUAACAAAGCUGCAGUAAUAGCAGUAGUAGCAACAGGAGCAGUAGGAGCAGUAGCAGCAGUAGCAGCAGUAACAGCAGUAAGAAGUAGCAGUAGCAGCAGCAGUAGCAGUAGAAGUAGCAGUAGAAGUAGCAGUAGGAGCAGCAGCAGCAGAAGUAGCAGUAGAAGUAGCAGUAGAAGUAGCAGCAGCAGCAGCAGUAGCAGCAGAAGCAGCAGCAGCAGCAGCAGUAGAAGCAGUAGAAGUAGCAGUAGAAGCAGCAGUAGCAGAAGCAGCAGAAGUAGCAGUAGGAGCAGUAGAAGUAGCAGUAGGAGCAGCCGCAGCAGAAGUAGCAGUAGCAGAAGCAGCAGUAGCAGUAGAAGUAGCAGUAGAAGUAGCAGUAGGAGCAGCAGCAGCAGAAGUAGCAGUAGAAGCAGCAGCAGCAGAAGCAGUAGAAGUAGCAGUAGAAGUAGCAGUAGAAGCAGCAGUAGCAGAAGUAGCAGCAGCAGAAGUAGCAGCAGCAGAAGCAGCAGCAGCAGCAGAAACAGCAGAAGUAGCAGUAGGAGCAGCAGU